AUGGAUCCGACUUUGACCCCGGGACGAACGGCCACUCCCAGCAGCAUCGCCUCUCGUCGCCACGACGACACUGGGAGCAACGCCAACACUAACGAUGUAAUCUCCCAAGGGUCUUCCCCUACUCUUCUGUCGUCGUCAUCGGAGGACAACGACGGACAUUCCGAGCGGCCCCUCUGGUUUCUAUGCUGGAACCUCCUGUCGUGGUGUUUCGCAAUCAUCACGUACGUCGCCGAGGGAUUCGUCGUCGUGUGGGUCGCCGUACACUACGCGACCUUUGAACUCUACGUCAGUAUGUCCCUCACCUUGGUGUGUUAUUUCGGAGCGGUGCUCAUAAACGGGGCAAUAUCUCUGUUCUGGUACUACGACCUCGACAGAGUGAGCGUGAGACAGCUGGAGGCCAGCGGUCCUUUUCCGGGGAGCUACAAGAGGAAGUGCAGUUUCUCCGCCAUUGUCGGUCACUGUCUGCUCCUGGGAGAGGUGUAUAGGUACGGAGAGCUAAUAGCCAGACAGAUAAUCUCCGGCCAGACCACUAGUCUCCGGGUCCUCCAUCGCGACGCAACUCUCCUCCGAUUCUUCCACGCCUUUGUCGCCACGGCGCCGCAGAUCCUCGUACACCUAUACACCGUCACCGUGGCAACAGACUCCUCCCACCCCGACCACGCGGCGUUCUCAAUCGUCUCGAUGAAAGUCCUUCUUCCCGUUCUCGGAGUCUGCAUCGUGUCGUUCCUCUACGGUCUGAUGUCGUUUGUUACGUCCGAUCGACUCUCCAGCAAAUCGCGUCGCGUCAUUUUACCAGCACAUCUCGCCCUGCUCGGAUUCUACCUGUGCAUAGUGGUGUCGCGAAUUGCCGCGUUAACCCUUUUCGCACACGCGUUCGGCUACUUCGUGCUGCUGUUCCUCGGUGUCCACUGGGUACUGUCGGUGUUUGGCGUGCUAAACCAGAAAAGCCAGUUUUGUUUGGACUACGCCGUGCGUCCGAGGAGGGAACGUUGGUGGCUGGAGGUCCCGUUCUCUCUGUACGCCGCGUGCCUCUACCAGUUUGUCUUCUUCAGUCUAAAGGACGGACGGACACGCUACGCCAUCUCCGUGUACCUAGUUCUGACGUUUAUCGAGAACGCUCUCAUGGUCGUGCUUUUCUUCACGGAAUAUUCGUCGCUGUGGUACGCACCCGCAUCGGUUGCUAUGGUGAUCGGACUCUUUCUCCUGGGGACGCUCCUUUUAUUAGUGUAUUACGUGUUUCUGCAUCCGGACAGGACUGGGGAUUGGUACUGGAUCGGAGUUCCGAAGAAAUGCUGCGAGAUUGGUAGGAGAAAGUCGAAGAGCUAUCGUCCGCACAAUGUAGAGAUCAGCUCCCCGACGCUGGUCAACAUGAACGGACAGGCGACGAACGCGGCCACCCAAACCCGUAUGUCCGGUUUGCAGCCGCUCACGGGUAUCCUCUCCCGGAACAAGACGACGGGACAGAUGCAGCUGUCUGCCCCACCCGUCAUCGAUUCAGGGAUUCCGUCACGAGAGGACGAUUACUACAAGAAGCCUCGAGUCUGCGCCCCUCAACAGCAACAGAGGUCGUCAGCUUACAUUUCGUCUAGCGGAGAGCAACUCCAGUCAGAGGUGGCUUCAUCUCACCAUCAAUCGCGGGGCACUUCGCCGCACUAUCAGGUCCCUAGCAAUAGACCUGUACUAUCAACAACCACUGGGACUGUUGAUUCGGGAGUCGGUUCCAGUCACGUUUCCACGCCAAGGACAGCUGGGUUUGAUUCCCAUAAUCCCAUGUCCCCAUUCGCUCAUACCCCGAUUCCUAGCUCAUUUCACUAUCCACCAACUGCUACAGCAGGUAGUUCAAACCCACACGAUGCACACGAGAGCAUCCGAGUUCUACAUAUCCCGGGGGCUCCGUCACUGGGGUCGUCCGUUCGAACCGAUUCCGAGGAUUUGGAUCCAUGUGGCUCUCUGGUACCGGAAUCAGUCCCGACGCUCGAGUCGUACGUCCCUUCGCUCCAGAAUGACUCGCAGCUAGAGAGUGCGCUCCACGCCACGCUGAACAUGGGCACACUCGCAGUGUCGAAUCCCGGAAUACUCAACAACGCCAACGCCAGCAACGCAAACCACUCUUGUAACCGUCACGACGUCGACAUCGAUUCACCCGUGGCGUCCCCGUACGACACGCUGGAGACUGCGAGGCAAGAGGUGGUCCAGUUGCAGGACACAGAGGCCAUUUUGGAGGAGAACGAACUCGCCGGCGAUUUCGAAGACAACGAAGAGGAGGGGAGAUUUUCGGCGUCACCGCCGAAUCUCCCGACUCCAGAUUUCACAGACCACGCCCUUUUACCGGGGGCCCCAGUUCCCCUCCUCGACCAACAGCCAAGGAAUUCACAAGUGAGAGACGACGGGGCUGCUAACGAUAUUCAUCACCAGUUGCACGAGAUGCAGCACGAGGUGCAGCGGAGCGCCCCAGUCCCCCCUCGUAUACCAACGAACCCCCACCAGAUAUUCCCCCUGCCCCCUCCUUCAUCGGGGAACAAUAACAACGCUCUGUCGAACUUCACUCCGCAUCAGUCGUCCAAUCCGACAGUGUUAACUGCGGGGGGCCAAAUUUCAGCCCCCCGGGGGGCACCACUGUCGUCACCAUCUUUGUCGGCAUCGGGACAAUUGCAAAUGUUCCAGGGUAUCCCCGCGAAACGAGAUUACAAAUCUCAGACGCAGAGUCAGCUGGAACGACACUACUUUCCCGAACCUUCCUCGCACAGCACCCCCAAUAUUCCAAGGGGUCCGGUAAUAUCAGGGGCCCCCGGGGGGCAGAGCAGCGGGGGCAGUGGAAGUUCAUUGAGGAGUCAGAAUCAACUGGGGAAAUCCCCUGCAAUUACCAGCACACCUCAACCCUCACCGAUCAAAUCAGAGAAGUCGCCAGGGAGGCUACAGAGUGGGAGUGGUGGCCACGCCCCCGAGAGAACGCGCGGGCGCACGCGAGGAGGUCGAGGAAGAGGAGGAGGCGGGAACGGGAAUCGAAACGGAAAGAAAAAGAGCAGCUCUCAGCAGCAGUCUUACUAUGCGUAUGAUAACGCAAGUAAACCCCUCGCGAAGCAAAAUCCUAGUGGAACCCCCAGUUUGCGGGCCCCCGUGGUUUCACCCGAGAACAGACAGCUCUUCGGAAGAGCUCUGCCGCCACAGGCAAUCGGGGGUCAAGUGAGGUCAUCGCCAUGGCAACAGCUACAUCAACAACGGAGCACUGCGGCUGCUGGUACGGCGACGACUACAUUGCCACUCCAUGUUACAAGCACCACAACUUUCGUUCCUCCUCCCCCGGUGGGAAAACCGAGUCGGUCUCCAGACCGUACCAAGAUGAUCCAGUUCCAGACCGGCGGGACUCCCGUACGCCAGAGAUCCUAUUCCGAGGGGACGUCCCUGGAAUCAGGGGUAUCACAGGAUCGUCCUGCACGCAACAGUCAACCAAGCAGUCGACCGCAGCAAGUUCAGCAACAGCAAAGCUUUGGGCCACAGUACUCUCCUCAUUACCUUGGUCGAUCGCCAGGGGCACCUCGCAAAGAUUUGAAUACUUACUACGUCCCUAGCGACCGUACCCAGGUUCUUAAUCUUACCUGGACGUCGCCACGGUUACACCACGACCCUGCAGUAUCUGGUCAGCCCCUCAAUAAUCACCAAAAUCAUCAGCAGCCGCAACAACAACAACGAAUGAAAAAGAUGUCGUAUGAUAAUCACUAUGGUCACGGUGUCGGAGUAGGAAGUCAAAGUUCAAACCAUGCCCCUAUUCUCAAGCAGAGGUCGCAGACUGCGUACGAACUUGGUUACCAUGGCAAUGCCGUACAUCAACCACAGAGAAAGGUGUCCAACCCACUGCAGCCGUCUUGGAGGCGGCAGAAGUCCCUCACUAGAUGCGUAUCCACGGCGACCGCUCGUCUUACUGCUCGAGCCGAUGAUGGGUAUCCUCGUGUGUUGAUCACAGGAGGGGCCGGCCAGCUGGGGAGAAAACUGGCCAAAAUGAUGAGACAUGACAGUCCAGAGCCCUACAUCUAUGCGGAUGUCACAGACAUAAAGGACAUGCACUCAAUCGUAGUCAACAACAACAUUGACACUGUCGUCCAUUUCUCUGCCAUCCUCUCUGCUCUGGGAGAAAAAGACGUCCAGAAAGCCCUUGCAGUUAACAUCGCUGGACUCCACAACAUCCUGGAACUGUGCAGAGCUCACCGACUGAAGCUGUUCUGUCCGUCCACCAUCGGGGCAUUUGGUCCUGAUGCUCCCAAGAUCUGUCCCGAUCUGACCGUUCAGAGACCUCGGACUGUGUACGGGGUGGCCAAGGUUCAUAUGGAGCUGUUGGGAGAGUACUACCAUCAUCGGUAUGGACUGGAUUUCCGGUCCCUCAGAUUCCCCGGGGUAAUUUCCCCCAAUAUGCCAGGGGGCGGGACCACCGAUUACGCAAUCCACAUAUUCUACGACGUGUUGCGGUCUCGUCGCUACGAGUGUUUCCUCAGAGAGGACACCAGACUGCCCAUGAUCUACAUCGACGACUGCUUGGAGGUGGUUCCAUUCACAGCUCCAGUUAUUCAUAGUGCAAGAGCUAAUGCCACAGCCAUCAAUAUCACUCAUAGUAUUCCUAGUGGCUCAGUAGUGACUGGUGUCUUUGUACAUUGGCAGAGAGACGGCUCAUUUGGCUGUCCCUACACCCACGAGGGCAGUAGCUCUGCCAAUAGUAUUUCUAAUGUCACCAUAACUGGACUGGAGGAAGACAGUAGGUACAACAUUACUAUGAGAGCAAUCAACGAUGCUGGUAGAGGUCCAGCCAGUAAUGCUAUCACUGUAACCACUCAGGAAGCAGCUCCUUCUGAUCAACCCUCGGCAUUCAGGAGAGUUACAAUCACACCAAACAGCAUCACUGUCCACUGGGGAGAACUAUACUGUUUUGGUCACAAUGGAGUCAUAACAGGAUCAGGGUUUGCGUCACAUGCUGACGUCUUUAGUGAUCAGUGUUUGCGUCAAAUGCUGACGUCUUUAGGAUCAGGGUUUGCAUCAAUGCUGACGUCUUUAUGA